UUACAAUAAUAUAUCCACUGGUUGUAAUUACAUAAAUCCAUGAAAAUGAAAGCUGGGAAAAUAUUGCUGCUGCUUCUUUGUUUGAUAGUCUUCUGUUAUGCGGUGAUUGCUGCUCCUCAGACUUGUCCUGCUAAUGAUGUUGAUAAAUGCGACGAUGGAUGGGAAGGGGAGUUUUUUCCUGGCAUUUCCAAAAUUAAAUAUGAGGGCCCGUCCAGUAAGAAUCCACUUUCAUUUAAAUGGUAUAAUGCAGAGGAGGAAAUUCUUGGGAAGAAAAUGAAGGAUUGGUUCAGAUUUAGUGUUGCAUUUUGGCAUACAUUCCGAGGAACAGGUGGUGACCCAUUCGGUGCACCAACCAAACAUUGGCCGUGGGAAGAUGGUACCAAUUCAUUAAACAUGGCUAAAAGAAGAAUGAGAGCAAACUUUGAGUUCAUUAACAAACUCGGUGUCGAUUUUUGGUGCUUCCACGACAGGGAUAUAGCCCCUGAUGGGCAAACUCUGGAGGAAGCUAAUGCAAACUUGGAUGAAGUGGUGGCCCUUGCUAGAGAGCUUCAAACUCAGGGUAAAAAGAGCGUUUUAUGGGGAACAGCUCAGUUGUUCAUGCAUCCUCGCUAUAUGCAUGGUGCUGCUACUAGCUCUGAAUUGGGGGUAUAUGCAUAUGCUGCUGCCCAAGUGAAGAAAGCCAUGGAGGUGACACAUUAUUUGGGGGGAGAAAAUUAUGUUUUCUGGGGCGGCCGUGAGGGUUAUCAAUCUCUUUUGAACACAGAUAUGGAACGAGAGCUUAAUCAUUUCGCUAGGUUUUUUGAAGCUGCUGUUGCAUACAAAAGGAAGAUUGGAUUCAAUGGGACACUGUUAAUUGAACCCAAGCCACAAGAACCUACAAAACACCAGUAUGAUUGGGAUGCUGCAACCACAGCUAAUUUCUUGCGAAAAUAUGGACUUAUAGGGGAAUUCAAACUCAACAUAGAGUGCAACCAUGCCACCCUAUCUGGCCACAGUUGUCAUCAUGAGCUUGAAACUGCAAGGAUCAAUGGCUUGCUGGGUAAUAUUGAUGCAAACACUGGUGAUCCUCAAGUUGGUUGGGACACGGAUCAGUUUCUUACAGAUAUUCAAGAGGCGACAAUGAUUAUGCUCAGCGUGAUCAGAAAUGGAGGAAUUGCACCAGGUGGAUUCAACUUUGAUGCGAAAUUGCGGAGAGAGAGCACCGAUGUUGAAGACUUGUUCAUAGCACACAUUAUUGGAAUGGAUACGAUGGCCCGUGGUCUCAGGAAUGCUGCCAAGCUGAUUGAGGAUGGUACAUUGGCUGAGCUUGUUCGUAAAAGAUAUCAGAGUUUUGACACCGAAAUUGGGGCUCAAAUAGAGGCUGGUAGAGCUGACUUUGAAAUGCUUGAGAAGAAGGUCAAGGAAUGGGGAGAACCAAAGGUUGCUUCUGCAAAACAGGAGUUAGCCGAGAUGAUCUUCCAAUCUGUUAUGUAGAAAGCAGCAUCUAGUUUGUGUACGGGGGCUAUUUUUCUUGUCGUUUUUCUUAGAACAGAUAGGCAUAGUAGGUUUACUAAUAAAGAGAAAUUGAGCCAAUAUCUAUUGGGUUGCUCAGUUCAUGCGGAAGCCUGGUGAAGUGCAUGUUAGCUGUAAUAAAAUAACGUGACGCAUAGCUUCCCUUGCCACCAGAAAGAACCUUGAGCAUGUCAGAGUUAAAUAGUUGAUUUCACUUUCUUUUAUAUACUCCCUAUUUUCACUUUCUUAACAGUGUGUAGAUAGCGGGAGAGGAUCUUUUCAUGUGAUUUCACAUGUCGGGUCAUGUGAAAAGUUCUUAAUGUUAGAUAUACAAAUCAACAAUGAUAAGAUUGGAAAGAAAAAAAAAAAAAUUGGAAUUCAAGGC